AUUAGCGUUCACCCUUUUUCAAAGGGGUCCACACGAAGACAGACUGGACUUACAUCGCAUGCUAAGAAACUUGUUAUCUCAUUUGUAUGGCGCAAUAGGCCAAUAUUUAUUGUGUGAAUAGGAAUGAAUUGCCGUCAUUAAAUGGAUUAACCACGCAUUUAUUCCCCUGUCAGCAACGCACCUAUAUUGUAGCCUUGGAUACCUUGCCAACCCAACAUGACCAAAGAAGACGAGAUCCCUGAUUGGGUCGGAGCGCUGGAGUUCUACGAUAAAUAUGACCCCAAGGAAAUUCUGGGAAGGGGAGUGAGCAGUGUGGUGCGACGUUGCGUUGAUAAACGUACUUCUCAGGAUUAUGCUGUAAAAGUGAUUGACAUCACUCCCUCUGACAAGAUGACGCCCCAGGAGAUUGAAGAGAUCCGAGAUUCCACUGUUAAAGAAAUAGAUAUUCUCAAGAAGGUCUAUGGACAGGAUAACAUCAUUCAGCUGAAGGACUGCUAUGAGUCCAAAGCCUUCUUCUUCCUAGUCUUUGACCUGAUGAAGAGGGGUGAGCUUUUUGACUACCUUACAGAAAAAGUUACCCUGAGUGAGAAGGAAACCAGGAAGAUUAUGCGAGCUUUGCUGGAGGUGGUUCAGUUCCUCCACUCCCAGAACAUUGUCCACAGGGACCUGAAGCCAGAGAACAUUCUCCUGGAUGAUGACAUGAACAUCAAGCUCACAGACUUUGGCUUCUCUGUGCAGAUCCAGCCUGGCCAGACACUGAAUGAGGUGUGUGGGACCCCAGGGUAUUUGGCUCCGGAGAUCAUUGAGUGCUCAAUGGACCCCAACCACGCAGGAUAUGGCACUGCUGUGGACCUGUGGAGUUCGGGGGUGAUCAUGUACACUCUUCUGGCUGGAUCCCCUCCCUUCUGGCACAGGAAACAGAUGCUGAUGCUGCGUAUGAUCCUGGCUGGCAAAUACGAGUUCUCCUCCCCUGAGUGGGACGACCGCUCUGACACUGUCAAAGACCUGAUCUCUAGGAUGUUGAUCGUGGACCCUCAGAAGCGGUACACAGCCUUGGAUGCCCUGAACCACCCCUUCUUCCAGCAAUAUGUGGUCGCUGAAGUUCGACACUUCAGCCCCUACAGAAAGUUCAAGGUCAUCUGUAUGACAGUACUCGCCACAAUGCGUAUUUAUUGCAACUACCGCCGGGCCAAGCCUGUUACCAAGGAGGUGAUCAAGAGUGACCCGUACGCUGUCAAGCCCAUCCGUAAGCUGAUUGACGCCUGCGCCUUCAAGAUCUAUGGACACUGGGUGAAAAAGGGCCAGACCCAGAACAGAGCUGCCCUGUUCGAGAACACUCCAAAGGCCAUCCUGCUGUCCCUAGCAGCUGAGCAGGAGGAGUCGCCCCUCCACACGUGGUAAUGCUGCUGCAGUUUCCCCACCGCCUGAUUGUAGAAGGGCAGGAGGGCCUGUUGCUGAAUGCUGCCUGUCCCUUUAAUCCUCUUGUCUAAGUGUGUACUUAUGUUCUACACUGGGAAGAAACUGAAAGACAGGGAAAAUAUGAGGUGGCAACCUCUAGAAUAUUCUUGCAUUCAUUUUCAGAUGUGUGUGUGUAUGAGUGCACAUAACUUGAAUUGCCACUUCAGGAGAAUAGUUAUGAAUUGACUCAGUGGAUGCUGUAGUGAGGUUGUUAGAAUGUUGGGGAACUCAACAUAGGUCUGAGCCUUGGGUCAAUUUCAUUUUGGAGGUCCUUAUUUCACUCAAGCAGAUCCCCGAGUGACGACUAAAGUAAUAGCAUGGUAUUGUAUGUUAAAUUAGGAUUGCGCUGAAGGGUACUACAGUAUAGCACUUUUGUUUGCAUUAUUAUCCAUUUGUUUGUUUCCUUUCUCCUGAAAGGAGUUGGAUUGAAUAAGAGGUUGUGGGUAGUCUUUAGCAGCCAAAUGUAAGGAAUCAUAUUCUUAAUAGAUUAAUUCAGCUGCAGUGAAAACAAAUGGCCUGUUCAGAAUAACAAGAGUGUAAUGUAAGGUAAUGUGCCAUUGCAAAAUAAAAUACAUGUGUGGCAUACAGAGUAAUGUAUGCAUGCUAGAUAGGGAAUCAAGGAAGACAGUAGUAUCAAAGCAUGUCUUUAAUCAAGUAACUGUAAGCACAUCUUGUCAUCUAAAACUAACUUCAAAAAGGUACUACUGUUACUAGAUAAUGCAAUGCAUCGGUUUGCUUGAAAAGCUUGUAACGCUUCUUAGCGCCACUAAGUGUUUCCCUCUCCCAGUUCAAGGCAGUGCAAUGAACCUUCAUACUUGAAACAGCAUGUACAAAAUAGGUGCAUUCUUAUUUUUGCCUUAUGUAGGCUGUACUGUAUUUGUUUACAGAUAAGUUUGAAGGGAUACUUUCAACCAACCUUGGGUACCAAGUGUUGGUUGAACUUUCAAAUGUAUGCUAAGUAUUUAUUUAAAAAUAAACUUAAUGUUGAAAUGG